UUUUCCAUAUACCACAGUCAUUAAAAACUAGCCAGCAGAGAAUUUAUUGCUCACCAAAAUUUAAAUAGCAUGCUUUAAAAAAUACAAAUACACUUUCACUGAAGGAUCGGUGAGUAAACAGUUAAACGAAGAAAAAAAAGAAAAGAUUUGCAGACAAUGAAUAAAUACCAGCCUGUUUGAAAUAAUAAUAUUGAGCACAAUGUAAACAACGAUCAUAACUGCCUGCAGAAAUCUUCUGAAAGUGUGUCUCAGAAUAUAAAGAAUAUCGUUAUCAAUUCAUUUAUAAAGCAAUAUGCCCUUUCGGAAACUUAUGUCACACAGGGAGGUGAAUGAUUAUGUGAAAGAAACUCGCCGAUAUUACUUUCAUUCUUUGAGAAGAAAAAAAACUGUGAAAUUUGUGACACUAUUAAACAAUGUACAUGUUUAUGUUGAAGGAAUCGAAAUGGAAUUAGGAACAGAACAGAACAGAACAGAAGUUUAUUUACAGAAAGACUUGAACAUUAAACGUUCAUCGUCAUAUAUAUACAUUACAAACAUGCAUGAUUAUAGCGGAAGGUUAAAAUAUAUAUUUUAUGGAAAUAAUAUGAACACAAAUAUACACAUACAAUAAAUCUGAAUACUGAUAUGUUUUAUGGAAUUAGGGAAUAUACGUUUUGUCAGCAUUUCUACAUCACGAAGUUAAAAAUUUGCAAAGCGCAUAGUGUUAGCAAGCGAACGUUUAUUUAAACAGUAAAGUUUGAAAAAAGGAAGAAAUCAAAUUUGAUAUCACAUUGACACGAACUAUAUUCGAUGUUGUUUAUAAAAUUAAUAAUGUGUUAAAAUGUUACAAUAACGUGGUAACUUGGCCUUUUUGUUUCCAUAUUUGCACUUUAGGAAUAUUGGAUGUCACAAAGUGAAAGCAGUAAUACAAUGGUGGCACUAAAACUAUUUACCAGUUUCGUAAUGAGAAGGGCAAUAAAUCGACAUGGAGUACCAUUUUGAAAAGCAAACAAUGCCUCAUCUUGAAAGUCAUUGAUUUCAAGUGAAGUUGUAGGAUUUUAUUAUAAAUUCAUUGAUUUGCAUAAUUUAUGUUUGCUAUAAACUCUAUUAUAAACAUAGCCGGCCACGAUCUCUUACUGACAUGCUUAUAUAAAAAUAUCAUGCAGAAUAUACUGAUAUCAAUAAAAGCUGAUUGAAGUAACACGUUGAUUCAUUUUUAUUGGAAUACAAGUUGACGAAUUUUAAUAACUUGAUGAAUGUUGAAGUGAAAUAUGAAUGAAACUUUAUAAUCAAUUGUGGAUUGUUUCUGCAAAAUGACUGAAGAAGAUAAAAUAUUAGACAGUGACGAUGAAGAUGACCAGAAGCGAGACUUUACCGCCACAAACGAUGCUAGUCAAAGAAUAUACACGAAAGCGUGCGUCCUGUUUAAAGUUACUCCUUCAACAUUUCUCUAUCGUCAUCUUACUACAAUGAAAGUACCUUUACAGAACCAUGCGAUAGGAGACGCCGGAGCAAAGGCAAUGGCUACAGCAUUAGUGGAAAACAAAAAAGUACAAAUUGUAGACCUCUCCUCAACAGGGAUCACAGCAGUGGGUCUUGGAUAUAUUCUGGAAAUGUUAGAAGAAAACACAAGCAUCACAGAUAUUAAUCUAUCCAGUAACUUUUUCAAUUCUACAGGAGCAAAACAGAUUUCCGAUGCGUUCACCUAUAAUCAAACAGUCAAAAAGUUAAAUAUUUCAGGAAAUGAAUUCAAAGAUGAAGAUUCUCGCUGUCUUGCUGAAAUUAUUGAAGAAAAUAUCACUUUACAAGUAUUGAUCAUCAGUAGAAAUGCCUUUGGUGAAACUGCUGGUACAAAUUUUGGAAAAGCUCUUGAGCACAACACCACAUUGAUACAUUUUGAUAUCAGUUGGAACCAUCUGCGACAACAGGGAGCUAUUGAACUCUGUCAUGGAUUGCAGAAUAACAAUACACUCGAGGUUUUAAACUUGAGCUGGAAUGGCUUUGGUUUGGAAGGUUGUCAUGAAAUGGGUAAAACACUAAAGAUAAAUAGAUCCCUGACAGAUCUGGACCUUUCGUCAAACAGGGUCAACUACGAUGCGUUUAAGCUACUGCUUCGUGGAUUAGUGAAAAACAAAACACUGAAAACAAUAAAGAUAGGAUUCAAUCCCAUCACUACGGACGGUGCAAUGUCUAUACUACGAGCAGUGUUAGAUGACAGAUGUAAAAGCCUCACUACCCUUGAUAUGUCGGAUGUGUCAGUUGACAAUGACUUUGUUACACUUUUGAAAAAAGUCCAGCAUAUUCGACCAUUGCACAUAACACACGGUAACCUGUUACGACAUGAUGACCUAAGAAAGGGAGACAAUCCUGUUGUCUUGGAUACCGAUGAUCCUGUUACAAUACUGUUUGAAUGUGUGAAAACAAAGAAUCUUAGACUUAUUGACCUUAUGAAGAAUCUAGAUAAAGAUAACAGUGAUACGCUGUCAAGAGAAGAGUUAAAUAGAGGACUCUCGGAAAUUGACGUUCCGCUUAGCCGACGAUCUCUUGACAUACUGAUGGAAAAGUUAGACAUGAACAAAGACGGACAAGUCGAUUUCAUGGAACUGAUGACAAAGUACAAAGAACAUGUAAGGCGUGUCACUAAAUUACAGCGGGAAGCCGAUGUAGAUCUGAAGCAUUACAAACAUUUUGACAAAUUGGAGCAGUUGAGAGAAAUGGUCCGGUUACGACUGAGUCUGACCCCAGCCGCUGGCCAAAGUCAUUGAAUUACAGAUUGUGACAAUCAAACACUUAUGUACACUAUAUAGCACCACGAAAAUGGAAACUGAUUAUAUCCAGUAACGACUGAAUAUAUCUUGUGUGUUCUGAAACUGAUGUGGAUGUUUCUGAGACUUCUGUAUAUAUUUCUUUCCUACUUUCUAUGCAUGAAAUGCUUUUGUUUGCAAUCAUUAAAAUACAAUUGUUAAAACAUGUAAUGUGACAGAUUAUGUAUCUAUACAGACUUACGUUAUACA